UAUGGCUUUCUCUUGCCACUGCACUACGACAGUAUUAGAGAUCAGUAGAUCACUAGCUGCAGGCACAAGACGCGGAGAACGAUGGCUGUGCCAGUCUGGUUCAUCUCGUCGGCCUGCCUUGGCGCGCUGUACGUCGCCGCCGUCUGCUCCCGGCUCAUCGCCUACCUUGCUCUCUGCCUGCGCCGGCCGAAGGACCUCUGCCGCAGUUACGGCUCGUGGGCCAUCAUCACCGGCCCGACGUCCGGCCUCGGCCGGUCCAUGGCCCUAGAGCUCGCGCGCCGGGGCCUCAACCUCGUCCUCGUCGACCUCAACGCCGCCAAUCUCCGGGAGACCUCCGACACGAUCAAGUCUCUCCACACUGUGAGGAUCAAGACCGUGGUGUUCGACCUCUGUCUCGUCGCCACCCCUCAAGGUGACGAGGCGAUGCGGCGGCUCCGGGAGGGGAUCGAGGGGCUGGACGUGGGGUUGCUCGUGAACAACGCCGCGGUGAACACGCGCGGCGCGCUGUACCUGCACGAGGUGGAGAUCGAGCGGUUGGUGCGGAUGAUACGGGUGAACCUGUGGGCGCUGACGGAGGUGACGGCGGCAGUGCUGCCGAGGAUGUUGGAGCGGGGCAGGGGCGCUAUCCUGAACGUCGGCUCAGGGUCUACCGUGGCCGUCCCCUCCUUCCCGCUAUACACCGUCUACAGCUCAACAAAACGAUACGUCUCUCAGUUCUCCAGGAGCCUUUACGUGGAGUACAAGAGCAAAGGCAUCGACGUUCAGUACCAGGUCCCUUUCUACGUGGACACGGGCAUGCUGUCGAGCGCCGUGAAGGCCAAGCUCCGGCCGUGGUUCGUGGCGACCGCUGACGAGUACACGCGCACGGCGGCGCGGUGGAUCGGGAACGGCCCGCUGUGCGUGCCAGGCGCCGCCCAGAAGCUCCAGUGGUGCCUCACCGGCUUCGUGCCGGAUUGCGUCCACGACUGGUACCGGAUCCGCCUGCAUCUGCAGCACAGAGCCAUCCUUCGAGGUGGUCAGGCAAUCGCCGACGGCAAUUCAUGGGACAAGCUAACGAGCUGAGCUGGUGUGGACCGGGCUACCUGCCUGCAGCUGUGUUGAUGAAGUAGAUGACUCGAGUGGUGGUGGCAAUACCUAGCUUAAACACUAUAUUCAGUAGCAGUGGUAGCGACGUACGUGACAGCAUACGACCACAGCCAAAAUACACCGGUGUGUAACAUCUGGGAAGCCCAGUCAUGGUGCUACCAUCGAAAGCAGAGAAGAAAAGGAACGAAAACUUUGUAUGCCAUUGCAAUUUGCUAAGUUCUGUUAUUUACCAUCACAAAGCCUCUAAUCCGUUAUAGGCCAUUAGGUUGCGAAUUUGGUGUCUUUCAUGCCAAGACUGUUACCACCGUCAAUAUGAACUAUUGAAAAUUUUCCAAAAUGGCCAAACUGCCUCUAUAUCUUG